AUGUUGUCUUCUGCCGCUCAAGAAUCCUCGCAACCGACCAAGACCCAUCCUCACAAACCGCCUCGACAUCACGCCGCCGCAUCCACGGCGUCGGCCCCGGUUCUCAGCAAACCUCGCCGGCACUCUCUCCAAUUCUCUUUUCCUCCUCUGUUCCAGUCCAACACAUCGUCAACAAGUCUUGUACCUUCAACUGCUGAAGGAAAGCCUAUACCUGUGGACAAUUCCACAGCUGAACAUCGAACUUCAGCUCUGCGUGAGCUAAGUUCCAAUUUUCCGACUCGUCACCGAUACACACAAUCUACCGGCGCACAGAGCAGUACUUACUCACAGCCUGUGAUUGUCCGAAGCUACUACGCCCCCGUACCAUCACAACCAGCCGACAGAGGUGUCAUCGUCGUCAACGGCCGAAGACAUCGUCCAGCACUGUCUGAGAGUAGCGGCCCAUCGGCUCUUGUAAGGCGUGUUCUUCCAUUUGGCUCGGGUGCAGCGCCAUCCAGGAAUGGAAUGCUAGGAACAAUGGCGCGAAAUCGUACGAAGAAACGAUUGGAGAACGAACCGGAGGAGCCAAAGCUUCCAUCAGUUGAUGCUUUUCGUUUUAAGAGUUUUAUGGCCAACUUGGAAGAACAAAGUGGCGGCACAGAUAUCAAUGCUGACCUGGACCGAAUCGCUGAGAUUUGUGCUAAGUCGCGGUAUUCUCUUAGCAAUCAGUAUGAGGUUCAUUAUGCUCCCCAUGGCUCAGGCUCGGCAUUCCUGUCUGGAGGUGUUGAAAGUCAAGAAGCUCAAGGCCCCACACUUCAAGCGGUGUCAUCGGAUGAUGAGAGGAACAUCAAACGAUCUAGAAAGCGACCGAUGGGGGUUAGGAGGAACAGCAGAGCUAUGGGGACACUGGAAACCAUAAUGUCCUCUAGCAGAUCGUCAGACGAGGAUAAAUCCAAAAAGAAGUCUGCCGCAGAGAUUGCCGAUGAGGUUCGAGGCAGGGCUACCCAGAAAGGAUCCAGCAGACAUGGAUCAUUAUCCCCAUCUGAUGACGGGGCUGUCGAGCAUGCGAUUUCACAAGAAGAGUUCACCCAAAGAACUCCUCGACAAAGAAGGUCCGGCUCACUGGCCCUUAUUGAUGGUACUCGGCUGAGCAUGAACUUGAACGAUGUGGACACAACUCGAACUUCAGCUGCUGGUCUCGUGAGCGAACCCGCUCUGCCACAGACAUCAAGCAGCCAACUCGAAAUCCGGACAGCUCCAGAGACGACAAACAAAGAACAGGUUCCCACAGUUCCCAAGAAGAAACCUGCGAUUGCCGAAGGACUCGACCGACCAGUCGCCCUUGGUUCCAUGUCUUCUACUGAAGCUCCCUACACAAAGGGUAACUUUAUAUCUACGCUCAGUGGAUGGAUGAGCUGGCGUACCUCUAAUUCUUUGCCAAUAGCUCAAGGCCGCGCAGAGGGCAGCCUUCGUGAACUCCUUAAGAGUAGAGAUAUCAAAGGAAAAGGCAUCGAAUCAGCAGCGUACCAAUGA